AUGUCUCGUUACCGAGGACCUCGUUUCAAAAAAAUACGCCGUCUGGGGGCUUUACCGGGACUAACUAGUAAAAGACCUAGAUCUGGAAGUGAUCUUAGAAACCAAUCCCGUUCUGGAAAAAGAUCUCAAUAUCGUAUUCGUUUAGAAGAAAAACAGAAAUUGCGUUUUCAUUAUGGUCUGACGGAGAGACAAUUACUUAGAUAUGUUCGUAUCGCCGGAAAAGCCAAAGGGUCAACAGGACAGGUUUUACUGCAACUACUCGAGAUGCGUUUGGAUAACAUUCUUUUUCGAUUGGGUAUGGCUUCGACCAUUCCUGGAGCCAGACAAUUAGUUAACCAUAGACAUAUUUUAGUUAAUGGUCGUCUAGUAGAUAUACCAAGUUAUCGCUGCAAACCCGGAGAUUUUGUUACUACGAGGGAGAAAGAAAGAUCCAGAGCUCUGAUUCAAAAUCAUAUGAAUUCAUCCCCCAACGAGGAGUUGCCAAAACAUUUGACUCUUUACUCGUUGCAGUAUAAAGGAUUAGUAAAUCAAAUAAUAGAUAGUAAAUGGAUCGGUUUGAAAAUCAAUGAAUUGUUAGUCGUAGAAUAUUAUUCCCGUCAGACUUAA